AUGUCUGUUGAAACUCCAACUCUACCAGCCUCAUUCUGGGAGCCAGUUUUCUCUUUACCCUCAGCAGACCGCCUAAGGUGGUAUAUGUGUGUGGUGGUUGCUCUCUCUUCACUUAAUUUCCCUGAUGUCAUCCCUCAAGUAUACGGCCAUCUAGACGCCAAUUUACUCUCUAAACUGUCUCCAGAUGAUUGUUUCUCCCAUGUUCGCAGACUCCGUGAGGGUCUAAUCAAAUCCACCGGCAUCGUUGGCGCUGCACGAACGGGCAACGCAAUGCGUACUCUCGCUAACUGCGUCCCGGAACAUCUCCGAGAGGAGGAAUCGCCAAGAUCAAAGGAGUCAGAGGAAGUAGCUCGAACGAGGGGGAAAGCUUUCUGGACUCGAAUCUACUCUCGGAAUAAAGCAUUUGAUCCGGAGGCGUCAGUGAGGGCUAGUCCAGACUACGCCUUCGUCGUGAGAGAAGUGCUAUAUGGACGCAUCCUCUCCUUUGACGGCAUCAUCGAUGAUUUGACAACGGGAUAUGCUAUGGUUUCGGCGCUUUACGGAAUGGAUUGCCAGAAUCAAUUACAGCAUCACAUGAAGGGAAUGCUUAUCAAUGGUGCUACGAGGCACGAUCUAGAGGAACUUCAAAGUCUUUGUCUAGGGCUGGCAAGCAUUCUUGGGGUGAAAUUUCGAUACGGGCGGGCACCAAUCCCUACAUUGGAUGAAUAG